GACAGAGGCAUAUUGUCAGUUCUCACAGUCCAAGCAGAGUCAAUAUAAUAAUAAAUUUUCACUUCCAACUCUGUUUCCAUGCUUCGUAGCCUAGAAACCGCUGCAGUGUCCAUUAUAACUCUAUUAUCUGCUCUCAGAUGCUCACUGGACAAACCCCCAGCCCCUUUUGAGUGAGAACAACCCAUAAGUUGUUUCUCAACAAACAAAAAGUUCUAUCAUUAUAUUGUUGUUAAACCCUUUAAGCAAAUGGAUUCAUUCAGUUUCCACAAGCUCAAAGCAGAGAAAAAAGCCAACAGAACCGUAAAACAUCGGCAGCUUCGAAAGAUAGCGAACUUGUUGCGGUACGUAGAGGUGUGUGUUGUUUUGGUCUUGAUUUCGAGGCUUUCCAUUCAACUACCAGUGGCUGUGAAGAACUCAAGCGAGUAUUUCCGCGGAUUCAUGAUUAGCCCGCGCUUUGUUUUCCUCGUUGGAAACAUCAUAAUCAUCACACUGUUCGCCCAGUCUGGUCAGUUCUCAGCUCACGCUUCUUCAACAACUGCUCCAGAACUUGAUAUUUUACAUGAGUUCCUCCAUAGCAGCACCAUCAAUCAUAAAAUUCAAGCGAACAAGCCCCGAGAAAAGCCAAGCAUGAAGGGUCAGAGAAUCGAUAAUGGAGGCCUAAUCAAAUACCAAGAAAAAGAGAAUAAUAGUUUGGAGGUGAAGGAUUACAGAAGGUGUCAAUCAGAGAUUAAUAUAAGGCGUGUGCAGAGUGAGAAACCUCGGCGUGUGUUGCAGAGGUGUGAGACCGACAACAGCAGGAGAAACAUUGAAUUCGGUGGUGUUCCUGAGAGUGAGAGUGAGAGUGAGAAAGUGGCACUGUCAACGACUUCAUACCCUGAAGAUGGAAUGAGCAACGACGAGUUUCGUCGCACUGUAGAGGCUUUCAUUGCCCGUCAAGUGAGGCUCCGAACAUAAGAACAAUGCUUUACAGCUUAGAAUUUUACAAGCCUUUUCUUCCUAGGGUCAGAAAGUCUGUAAUUAGGGUGAAUUGAAAACUAUAUGCCUCUAUAAU